AUGGUAUCUAUGAAAUAAUGGAUGUUCUUCUUGUGGGUUAACCAUCACAUAAAAUUCAGAGAAUGUUUGGCUGGAGAAGUUUUGAUUGAAAAUAAAUGUUAAAUAUGCACAAAGGGUACUUAUUCGCUAUCUACCUAUGAUAAAACUUGCAAUUUAUGCCCUAUAAAUAUGAGAUGUGAUGGAGGAAAUAUGAUUUCAGCUGACAAAAAUUAUUGGAGAAGUAGUCUAAAUACUACGAUUGUUUUCCAAUGCCCAAAAGUUGGAGUGUGCUUGUAAGUUUGCUAAUCAUUUUAAUAUACUAAAGGGGUGGUUAUAACUCAGAGUGCAGUUUAGGUUAUCAAGGAAAACUGUGCACUGAGUGCUCAAAAGAUCUUAAUGGAGAUUACUAUGCAAGAAAUAGUUAAUAUGAUUGCUCAAAAUGCCUAUCAUUGGCAGAAUCGAUAUCCAUAUUGA